GUGGGCUUGAACGGGGAGGAGAAGAAGCGAUUUUGGGAGGAUUUGGACGAAGUGGUAAGAGGAGUGCCUAGCUCUGAGAAAAUUGUUGUAGCAGGGAAUUUCAAUGGUCACAUCGGGAUGGUACCAGAGGGCUAUGGCAAUGUGCUUGGGGGUUAUGGUUUUGGGGAGAGGAAUGAUGAGGGAAAGGGGGAUAGGGUGCUAUACAAGGACUAUAAAGUCAUUCUGAGUGAGAACCUUUCAUCCCAGCACAGGCUUCUGGUGAUGCAUUUAGGCUUAAAGAAGGAUAGGAAAAGGAAGGGAGAGAAGGGACGUCCUAGAAUUAAGUGA